UUGUCCGCCAGCUACACAGAGUACCUUGACAUGCCCCAGUGGGUUUAAAUGUGAAGAUGGGGAGACUUGCUUCAAGGUGGCGGAGCGGUGUGACGGUUUCCUGGAUUGCUCAGAUAGCAGUGAUGAGAGAAAUUGCACUGAUGAUACCUUGGUCUAUAAAGUGCAGAACCUCCAGUGGACAGCCGACUUCUCAGGGGAUGUUACUCUAACCUGGACUCGGCCUAAAAAGAUGCCAGUUGGAUCCUGUGUCUACAAUAUCCACUACAGGGUGGUUGGAGAAAGUGUGUGGAAAUCUCUAGAAACCCAUAGCAACAAAACCAGCAGCGUCUUGAAAGUAUUGAAACCAGAUUGCACAUACCAGGUCAAAGUUCAGGUCCAGUGCCUGACCAAGGGUUACAACACCAAUGACAUCAUCACCUUGCGGACCCCAGAAGGAUUGCCGGAUCCUCCCCAGCAUCUUCAGUUGUCGUCAAAGAGAGAAGCUGAAGAUGUCGUGAUUUGCCAGUGGGCACCGCCAGCUAAUAGCCAUGGCCUGAUAAGAGAAUAUGUUGUAGGUAUCAUUAAGCUGCAUUCUGACGCCAAUCCCGAGCGGGAGACCUUUGUGAACGUAGAGGAAGUUAUGAUAGCAUUGCUGGGAAGCACGGAUCUGUGUCCUUUGAUUAUGUGGUGGGUCGUGGGUUCCCAGUUCGGUCUCAGCUCUGGCCCUGGUGGAAUGCUCUGUCAAAUGAGACCAGAACCUGCAGGUCUGCAGCUAUUCUGCCAGGCCUAUGGUUGA